GCCCAUCAUGGACCCGCGGGAGGAACGGCCGCCCCCCAAGCGGGGGUCGCCCCCCGCCGCCCCCGCGCCCCGAGACCACCUGGUCUGGGCCAUCUUCAACACCCUCUACAUGAACUUCUGCUGCCUGGGCUUCGUGGCGCUCGCCUUCGCCGUCAAGGCUCGGGACAGGAAAGUGUCCGGGGACGUGGAAGCUGCUCGGCACUUCAGCUCCAAGGCGCGGUGCUACAACGCCCUGGCCACGGCAGGCAGCGUGGUGCUGCCCCUGCUGCUCGGGGCCCUCAUUGUCACCGGGGUCAUCCACCUCUCCAAGCUGGCCCAGGAGUCCGUGGGCUUCUUCACCUACCAGUUCAGCGGCAGCGACGACGAGGACCAGUGACCCAGGGCGAGGGCUGGUGGCACCUCCUCUGCAUCACUGGUGGCACCUCCAAAAAGCCACCACACCCCUGCCUGCCACCCCACUCCCCAAGCCCCGUUAUUUUUGGUUAUCCUGUGGGAUUUUUUACCUCCCGUUAUCCCGUGUGGAGCCCCAGUUUCCGUGGUUGCUAUUUAAAUCAUUA